UAUUAUAACCGAGCAAAGGUUGUUAUGACUGCAGGACGGAAACAAUGUUAAGGACCCACCCACCUCCGGGCUACUCUCUCCGCUUCCCUCUGCCCGUCUCUUCCUGGAUCUCAAGUCCGUGACUCCUACGUCCUAAUCAAAGAUGAGCUACCCAGGAUACCCUCCUCAGUCGGGUGGAUACCCGCCACAAACAGGGGGCUACCCACCUCAGUCUGGUGCAUACCCACCCCAGGCAGGCAGCUAUCCUCCAGCACAAGGCGGAUACCCACCGGCAGCCGGCGGAGGCUACCCUCCAGCAGCGGGAGGCUACCCCCAACAAGCAGGAGGAUACCCCCAGCAGGCAGGCGGAUACCCACCCCAGGCUGGCGGUUAUCCUUCCGCGGCAGGCGGCUUCCCACCAGCAGCAGGAGGCUAUCCUCCCCAGGCGGGCGGCUACCCUGCUCCAGCUGGAGGCUUCCCUCCUCAGGCUGGAGGAUAUCCGGCCCAGUCUGGAGCAGGAGGAUAUCCAUCUCAGCCGCCAGCAGCUGGUGGUUGGGGUGCAGCACCAGGCGGCUACGGAGCACCAGGAGGGGCUCAGCAGGGAUACCCAGCAGGCCCAGGGGGCCCUGCACCGGGCCAGCCCAUGCCAAGUUACCCCGGAGGACCUGGGACUAGCCCCUCUAUGCCUGCAUAUGGAAGUGGAGUUCCAUCCAAUCCUCAGGCACCUGCUAUUCCAAAAGGCUUCAGGGGUUCAAUUAAAGACUUCCCUGGGGCUGAUCCACUGAGGGAUGUUGAAGUUCUCCGGAAAGCCAUGAAGGGUUUUGGCACGGAUGAAAAUGCCAUCAUUGAACUUCUGGGAAAUCGUAGCAAUAAGCAGAGGGUUCCAAUGGUAGCAGCCUAUAAGACAACAUAUGGAAAGGAUUUAGUCCAUGAUCUGAAGUCUGAGCUGACUGGAAACUUUGAGAAGCUGGUCCUGGCAAUGAUAAAGACCCCCACACACUUUGAUGCAUCUGAGCUCAGAGAGGCUAUAAAGGGUGCAGGGACUGAUGAAGCUUGUCUGAUUGAGAUUCUGUCGUCUCGCUCCAAUGCUGAGAUAAAUGAAAUCACAAGAAUCUACAAAUCUGAGUACGGGAAAACCCUGGAAGACGCAAUCAACAGUGAUACUUCUGGUCACUUCCGCAGACUCCUGGUCUCUCUCUGUCAGGGAAACCGUGAUGAGAGGGAGACUGUCGACAUGUCCCUUGCCAAACAGGACGCUCAGAAACUGUACGCAGCCGGGGAGAAUAAAGUUGGGACGGAUGAGUCUCAGUUCAAUGCCAUCCUGUGUGCUCGCAGCAGGCCUCACCUCAGAGCAGUGUUCCAGGAGUACCAGCACAUGUGCGGCCGAGACAUUGAGAAGAGUAUCUGCAGGGAAAUGUCCGGAAAUCUGGAGUCUGGCAUGGUGGCUGUGGUGAAAUGCAUCAAAAACACCCCUGCCUACUUUGCAGAAAGGCUCCACAAGGCCAUGCAGGGCGCAGGAACCAAGGACACGACCCUCAUCCGUAUCAUGGUGUCCCGCUCUGAGGUAGACAUGUUGGACAUCAGGAAGGCGUAUGUGCAGACUUAUGGGAAAUCACUCUACACUCACAUCUCAGGUGAUACCUCGGGGGAUUACAAGAAGCUGCUGCUGAAGCUGUGCGGAGGCAACGAUUAAAAAAGAAAGGAAGCCGACACUUUAUCAGGACACCAUGUACGUCCACAAUGACACAAUGUUAUAGGACCCCAUAUCAUGUCUGGUGCAUGCUGUCUAACAUCACAUCUGUCAGUCGUUCUGUGUUUUGUAUUCUCUUCAAUAUACAUGAUUUUUGUUGCUACUGUUUGGAAGUAGAUGAUUGCCAAAUAGUGAAAAUAUAUAUUAAUAUGAUUAUUUUAAAGAGAUAGUACAUAGCUUUAACAUUAGUGGGUAAACAUGGGAACCUUAAAUAGCGAGUUUUUAAAGAAUCAAACAUUUCAUAAAUAAAGUAUGCUAAAUGCUAACUAUAUCAGAGAAUAGUAUUGAAAGUGUCAAAUGCAUGGCUUCAUUUCAAGUCUGCUCAUGUCAACAUAGUAUAAAAAGAUGCAGAAGAAGAACAAGUCUCAUAUAUUAAAUAUAAAAAGUAUAUCAACCCUACGUAUACGAGGAAGCAAACUGCUUCCAUAAACGGUGUUUCUCCUUUUUGGAGGUAAAGCUAACCUUCAUGCCAAGCAUUUCAAUCAUGUUCUUGUUGAUUUACACAAAGUUUUGUGAUACUAAUACAAAAAUUAUAACUAUUUGUGUAUGACUGAAUAUCAAGCAGAAUACACAUGAUCUUUUAAAGCUUACUUGUCACUAUUGGAUGUAAAUGUUGAAUGUAAAAAAGUCAAAUAUGAAAAGGUGUCUCUCCUCUGUUAAGUGUCCAAAAGCAGACCUUUCACUCCCUGCAUGCAAGUCUAUGCAAACUUCACCUUACAUCAGCUUCGUAAAGCUUUUGCUCUUAAAUGUGUAAGCCUUCUUAGGCAUUGCUCAGCAUUUACAGACUAUGUUGCCUUUUUUCCUGGAUGUUCAGAAGCCAAAGCUUAAAGCUACCGUGAGGAGUCUUCAGAUGCUUAUGAAACCGACUGAAAUGAACACAGGUUCUUCUUUAUGACCUAGAAAAACAAACAAGAGCAUCGGGGAAGCUUGAAAUUCCUUCACAAUGUUUUUUGGAUUCCUGUAAACUGCUGCCAUGAGGUAGGUGUCUGUCAAGGCAAAAAAAGCCUUCCCAUGGCAAACACUUUUAGUGAAUUGUACAUUAGACUGUUAAAAGUCAGAGGAAAGACCUAUGUUUUUUGGUUACAACUAAGAUCAGAGAUACACUUGCUGUUUUAACUUGCAUUCCAGCUGCGUCUUCGAAAUAUAUGUCCCCUAUGCAAUGUGUAUUACUGGAGGACACCACUAGAGGGCACACGAGAUAGCUCAGACUGGCUGUAACUACGUGGUGUGUGGGAUGUAAACUACAAACACGGACACACUUAAUGAGGUUACCUUAAUGUUUAUUCUGAUAUCAGAACUACCAUUUUAUUAACGUCAAUAAUCAAUACUAGCAUCAGGUAGGCUCAGACUGGCAACUGGUGGUUAGAUCACACUUUCUGUACAUUUCCCAGAAUUCUAUGUAAACCUGGAAAAAAAUCCCCAGAUUUCAAUGCAAAUUCCCCCUAAAAUUUCUCAGAAAAUGUCCUUAAAAAUUACAAAUACAUUCCCCCAAAUGAAACAAAUAUGUCAGAAUUAUCAGCAAAUAUCAAUGCAAAUUCCCCCAAAAAUUUCUCAGAAAAUUCCCCCAAAAAUUACAAAUACACUCCCCCAAAUGAAACGAAUAUGUCAGAAUUAUCCCCAAAUUUCAGAGGAAAUUCCUCCCAACAUUUCUUAGAAAAUUCAAAGAAAUAUACAUAAAUUAAUUUGCCCAGAAUCCAUGAAUAUGUCAGAAACAUCCACAAAUUUCAAAGCAAAUUCUCCCUUAAAUAUCCCAGAAAAUUCCAGGUGAAAUUUAUAAGAGGUUCCCCAAAAUUCCAUUAAAAUGCUGGACACAACCAAACAAAUUCCCUACAAUUUCCAUGAAAAUGUUUGACAUUUUCAACAGACAACACCCCCAAAAUUUCCCAGUCAAAUCCCCAAAAAUGUACAAAUAUAUCUUCCAAAUUUCCAUGAAAACGGCUGAAAUUUUUUAAACAAAUUUCCUCAAUUUCCAUGAAAAUGCCCAAAAUAUUCAAAGCAAAUUUCACCCAAACCUCCCAAACAUAUGCUUCAAAUUACCAUGAAAAUACUUACAAUUUACCAAGCAAAUCCCCCAAAUUUCCUAAGAACAACUACUACCAACAUUUCAAGCAAAUCACUUAAACUUCAACGGACAUUCUGGACGAUUAUGUCAUAAAUUUUAACAGCAGAAUGAUCAUUAUGUUUUAGGAAAGCUAAAUGUAACGCAUUUGUACAUGCAGGGUAUUAAGAGGUUAAACAUUGAUUUCUAAAAUAGAAUUAUAUGUCCCAGCUAGUCUGACAGACAUUGUAAAGAUCUGGAGAAUUGUGGACUUGGUUUCUCAGCAUGUGUUUAAAAUCUUUAGCCAAUAUUGUCUCUAUUGUGUUAACUCAUCCACUUGUUAACACAUGUAUACUGCACGCGUGUUAAUGUGUUAAUUCUGAGGACUUGCACAGCUGAUGCGUCAAACCAGCACUGUGGAUGCAUGGUAGCCAUGAUACGUCCACAUUUGUGGUGUUAACAGCAAGUAUACCUCCAGCCCUAUAUCACUGAAGAGGGUGCCAGAACCAAAUGAAAGUUCCUCACAGUAGCUUUAAACACAGAAUAUUUUGUGCCUUUUUCUCAGGGCUGCUAUGUAAACCUUAAAGAGCUAGUUUCUGUCUCACUGUGGUUUAUCACACAUGAAUCAAACUCCUGUGAAUGCAGGAAUGUAAUAACAUUUUUGGUUCUUUAUUACCUGUAUGUGUUUACAUAUCCCUCCCAGUGCCCUCCUUUGGUUUGCAUGCUGCACCAGCAGAGGGCGCUUUGCUCACAUGAAGUAUCAUCUCUGUCUGUAUGGCUGUCUUUCUCUGUUGACUUUAAAGUUUGCCUUUGAACUGAAAAUCUCUUG